AUGAAUGCUACGAAUGCCUCUGAUAAAAAAGAGAUGCUCGCUGGCAACGAGUGCUCUUCUCCUUCCGAUGUCGAAAAAUCAUUGCCACAUCUACCCACAACACCCGACCUAGCACCUCUCGACAUCGACAUCACUUACCCCGAGGGUGGUCGCGACGCCUGGAUGGUGGUAUUGGGUGCGUGGUGUGGCUUGACCUCAUCGCUGGGUAUCUACAACACAUCCGGCGUGUUCGAAGUCGUUAUAUCCAAAGUGAUAUUACCAGAAGCUUCAUCAUCUACUAUUGGCUGGAUAUUCUCAGUCUACGCAUUCGUAAACUGGGUCUGUGGAGUACAAAUUGGACCGACCUUUGAUGCAAUGGGCCCGCGUGCACUAAUGGUUGCGGGAACUAUUUGCACGCUGGUCGGGAUUUUCACCCUCAGUGUCUCUAAAGAAUACUACCAGAUCUUCUUGUCAUUCUCCAUCAUGACCGGUAUUGGCUCAUCCCUUCUUCUGACCCCAUCGAUGGGCUGCGUCGCGCAUUGGUUUAUGGAACGUCGCGGUCUUGCUAGUGGUAUAGCAUUUAUAGGAGGUGGCUUUGGCGGAGUUCUUUUUCCCCUGAUGAUACAAUCCCUCCUUCCUCAAGUUGGCUGGGGAUGGUCGAUCCGGAUCCUCGGGUUUGUGCUGCUUGUCCUUUGCACGAUUAGCGUGGCAUUCUGCCGAAGCAGAGUUCCCCCCCGCAAAGGAGCUGAAACAACCUGGCGAGAUACAUUGCCAGAUUAUAAAAUCUUCAUGGAUGGUACAGGAGCCAUGGCACUCACAACCGCCGGAGUCCUUUUGACAGAUCUAGCGUACUUCAUCCCGAUUACGUACAUACCACGUUACUAUAUCGAUCGACAGCAUCUGUCCGACGAGGAGGCACUGACGGGGUCAUCCGCAUUUGCGUAUCAACUUCUCGCGAUUCUCAAUGCUGCUUCAUGUGUUGGCCGAUACGUGGCGGGCGACAUGGCGGAUCGAUUUGGCAGAUACAAUACCAUGAUUGUCUCCUUGCUGUUCUGCACAGUGUCAGUUCUAGGUUUUUGGUUACCAGAUAUGCUUGCACCAGACCUGGGUUCAUACGCUCUCGUGGCCAACUUUGUGAAACUCAGGAAUAUGGACGAUAUUACGCGAGCUGUUUCACGGUAG